CGGCUGCUCGUAGACACCUUUGAUAUUUCUGCAGCUUGAAAGACAGCUACUUUUGAUAAAAAUGGGCUUGGAGUACAUUGUUUAGGUUACAACGAUUUGAAAGACGCAUCGUUUAUGAUUUGACAACGUAUAUCUCAUGAGUUAUUGAUGCCGGAAGUCCGAAUCUGUGAAUAUCUUUCCAACUUUACCGAAGUAUCAUCAGCUCCUUUAAUGUGUUCAUUGUAAUGUGGAUAUUUUAGAACUGUCCAGUAGGCCUACUGUGUGAAUCAAGGAUGAAAAAUGAUCGCUUUCGGGAAUUUUUGAAAGACUUGGUUGCUUGGAGGCUCUGAGGGGUUUUGUUUUGAAAGGCGGCACCGGCUUUGUGGACUUGAAGCUGCAGCGGAAUGAGAGCAGCCUGUUCAGUUUGUAUCUAGAGAUUGUGAUGUGGAGCUGAGCGUCAGAACGCAACCUGUGGACAUACUGACAAUAUGAAAUGGAUUAACACUGAGUGAGAAGCUCCUGCUGCAGUCCUCUGAGAUAAAAUCACAAAAAUCUAGUGACAACUUCUCCUGUGCCAAGAUGGGGAAUGGAUUAUCAGAUCAUCACUCCCUCCUCCCCUGCCUCCCAUCCUUCCAGGCCCUCCACAUUGUUAUUCUCGGACUGGACUGUGCGGGCAAGACCACCGUGCUGUACCGCCUGCGGUUCAAUGAGUUUGUGAACACUGUCCCGACUAAAGGUUUUAACACAGAGAAGAUCAAAGUGUCACUUGGAGGAAGCCGACGAACAGCGUCCUUCCACUUUUGGGAUGUAGGAGGUCAGGAGAAGCUGCGGCCUCUGUGGCGCUCCUACACACGUUGUGCAGACGGCAUUGUGUUUGUGGUGGACUCAGUGGAUGCCGAGCGCAUCGAAGAGGCCAAGAUAGAGCUGCACAAGAUUACACGACUGGCAGAGAACCAGGGAGUGCCGGUUCUGGUGGUGGCUAACAAACAAGACUUAAGGAAUUCGCUGAGUCUGGCUGAGAUGGAGAGCAUGUUAGCUCUUGGUGAGCUCAGCAGCGCCACCCCCUGGCACCUUCAGCCUGCUUGUGCUAUCAUUGGUGAGGGGCUGCAGGAAGGACUGGAGAAGCUCCACGUCAUGAUCAUGAAAAGGAGAAAGAUGCUGCGACAGCAGAAGAGGAAGAGAUGAUAUGCCAACAAUGGGAAUUCUAAAAUCUGAGCUGGAUCUAAAGCUACAUGAGAACUACUGUGAGCUUCGUGCAGUCUGCUGGUUCAUUGUGUUUGCUGUGAAAGAGACACAAUGAUCCCCAUCCGGUCGGCUGCCCCUUCGAAGUCUGAUUGCUUGGGUUUGCUCCUUCCAGUGAAACUGUUUGUUCAGGUCAGCCAGUGUUUGGCCCAGCAGGAGACAGUGGCAUGGAUUUUUUCCAGCUGGCAAGAAUCAGCAACAAGUCCUUCUGAUGAAAGUACAGUAUUUUGCUACACAGCAGCAACCUAUGAAGUUUACGCUGAAUUCUCAGAGAUGAGAAAUUAGCUCUUAUUUGUCUGUUAUUUGGUAAAAUAUGUGCUGCAUCUGUUAAAAAUCAGUGAGCCUUUAUAUUUUUAUUCUACCAAAGUUCUGGAUGUUUACAUAAAGGUUAGUAAUGAUUCAUCUAGUGUAGGAUGAAUAGAGACCCAAAAACACAAUCACCUUAGAUAGAACCAAGUUUUUAGAAGGUUCCUGGCCUUCUUGUGGCCAAAUGUGUAUGAAUGACAAGCUAAGAGCACAGUCACACUGCUAGCAGCAAAUGUCUGGGUACCAUGCAUCACAAUAACAAAAAAAGAGAGAGAACCAUUUUUUCCCCUGACAGUAGCCCCAAAAGGCCAGAAUUGCAUUGUGUUGCAGUGUUAUAGUCUGAGUCUGAUUAUUUGGCUAGUAGUUCCUCAAACUCAAUCAGGACCUGUGUUGCAAGUAGUUCAUUUGACUGGACCAAAAGAGGCUAUGUGGCUAUAUAUAUAUGGUCCAAAAUUAGCUUAUAUUGCUGUCAGUGUUACUCAGUAAAUGACAAGCAACAUCAGUGCACAAAUGCUAAAAGCCAACAAAGUUAACCAUUAAGCAAACAUUGGUUUAUGAACAUACAUUUCAGUAGAUGGCAAAAAAAAGUAUGGAGGAUGAUAUCCAACUGUUAUCGCUGGAUUGGUGGAAGGGAAAUAAAAACUGGAACCAAGUUAACCUUUCUUAGCCAACAAUAGUUGGUUUAUUACUGAUCAUAGCAUACAUUAAUUUUCACUCUCCUUUAACUUGAUCAUUUAUAUUUGUAAGAAAUAGAUUGAAUUUGAUCAGUUUAUCUUCAGAUGUACCCUAACUUUUAGUUAUGAUUUAGUCAUUUUUAUGUCUAAUGCAUUAUUAAUUUUAUAAAAGGUUCUGCAGUUGGCUGCUUGACAUUCAUGGGAAAAAUUCAGGGAAAGUAGAUACACCAAAAUGCAAAGAACUGUUGAUUACUGAACUGGUUAUUUUGACAGCAGUUCAUGCCAUCUCCACGUGGCUGUAAAAGGUGAAAAUUGUUGGCUAGGGAAAGUUGUGACUUCAUCAUUAACAUGACUCCCUGUAGAAGUGUCUGCUGUAAUCCUGCUUGCUUGACAAGCCCAGUUGGCUUAGCAGGAAUGUUACCGGCUGCCUGGUUCUCGGUGUCAGAGGCAGCAUCACCAUGACCUAAAGACAUGUUGACAUACUGAGCAAAGCCAGAGUCUGAAUGCACUUUAAUGGUCCUUUUCCUGACCUUGACUGCUAAAAUUCUGAUUCUGAAACUAAGAGAAGUGAAAUAUUGAUUUAAAAGAAUAAUUUUGCACAUACACACACAUAUUGUAAUUGUUUGAUCUGCAAGAUAAUUUUUUAAAGUCAAGCUACAGUUUAAUCCUCUGAACCUCAAAACCCACUUGCAAGUUUGAAAGGCCAGUUAUCUUUUAAAAAUCACCAAAAUGAAACAAUUUAUCAGCCAGAAACUUUAAAAAUAAAAAGAAUCAUCCUAUUUGCAAUGUUCUGAUGGUCAAUAGUUCUGUUUUGUCAGGAAAAUUGUGACAUUUAAUCAAAAUCACUUUAAUUUGCACAUCUUAUUUUAAAAGCCACCAAAAGAUACACCAUUUGUACCAGAUUCUGUAAAAAGAAAAGAAAAAACAUUACACUUCUUGACACAACAGAGAAAUCAUGACUGACUUAAUUGUAUGUCACAUGACACAAAUUCAGGGACUUUUUGUUUGAACUGCAGGCUGUGUUUGCAUAGAGCAGAACAGAGAUGAGUAUGGAACCCAACUAUAUAAGGUUGUAAAAUAUUCUUAGUAGGACUAUGUAGAGUUAUCAUCCAUUGACUCUUGGAAAAGCAGUGGGUAUGUUCAUUCUGUUAUUUUUUUAUUAUUGUGAAUUUAAACAAGAAAUUAUACUUUGGCAUUUCUUUUUUAAUGAUUUAUAGCAUUCUAACUUUGUUAUACUGCACAGAAGACAUGUCUGUGUUCUCUCUCUCCUUCUGGCUGUGAUUAGAGUGUUUCUGAAGAGGUCAGGACUUUUUAUUGUGGUGAAAAAUGAGGCCACAGUAAGCAAAAAUGUGACAUUAGCAGAAGAUAUUUUUAAACCGCUUGGGGUUCAGAGGGUUAUUGAUCACUGUGCAAUAGAUUUAAAAUGUGAUUGAGCAUUACCACAUGAGAUACCGUCAAAUGCAUGACUGUCACACAGGGAGGAUUUCUCGGUUAGGUGUUCAACUCUACCACAGUUAAAAUCCCUCCCCCACUAUGAUUGUCAGGGUGUUCACAUCGAUGUGUUUGAUCCACUGUGUUCACUUGGAAUAAAGCAACAAAAGAACAGACAA